AUGGAUUUUCUAGUCGGCACUUUUUAUACAUCCAAACUCUUCACACUUCGCUUUACCCCAGCCAAAGAUGCCAAAAAGUGUAAAUUGGAGAUCAAGAGCACUUCCGAAGCCAUAGGCGGGCACUCCUGGCUCUCACUGUCGUCAGACAAAAAACACCUCUACACCACUGUCUGGGCAUCACCCCCAGCAGUAGCCUCCUACCGCAUUGAAGAUGACCACACAUUGAUACCCCUUAACUCAGCACCAGUACGUGCAAUGAGUGGGUAUGUCUGCUGUUCAGAAACGACGCUCUACUCAGCAGGUGGUCCUACCGGCGAAGUCUUCUCUAUCAAGAAGGACGGCAGUAUUGGUUCUCUGCUUCAAAACCUAGAAUUCAGGGAUCAAGGCAAUGAAAACGACGGAGCUAGAAAUGGCGUCGCACAUGGAGAUUUUGGCGGCCUUCGCCAUGGUUCCCACUCGAUUGAUCUCUCUCCUGACGGGAAGGUCAUCUACAUUGCGGAUAUCGGUCACAAUUGUGUCUGGUCAUACUCGGUCACUGGCAAUGAAGGAAAACUGGAGAACCGCAAGAAGUGGAUUGCGAGUAGAGGAAAUGAUGGACCUAGACAUACUUGGCCACACCCCAACGGAAGGAUCCUAUAUUCGGUCGAGGAACAUAGCUGUUAUGUGGACGCUUUGUCGAUUUCGGAAACAGGAGAUUUGAAUCUGAUAUCUGGUGCCAGGAUAAUUCCGGAUGACAAGGACGAGAAGAAGUAUUGGGCGGACGAAGUACGGUUAAGCAGACCGGUCCCUGGGUCACCAAGAUAUCUUUACGCAUCGACAAGAGGAUUGGAAAAGGAGACAAAAGGCUAUGUUGCAGUCUUUGCAUUGGAUGAAAAUGGGAGAUUGAAAGGAGAGGCACUCGAUAUCUUCGAAACGGCGACGAGCGGAGGUAUCGCCAAUGCUGUCGAACCUGCACCUAUGGUCGAUGGUCAGGAGGGAGUCGAGUAUUUGGCUAUGACGGACAGUCAAGAAGGUUUCGUGUUUGUUUUGGCUUUUGAUGGAAACAAGAUUGUCGAGGUUGCGAGAAGGCAAUUAGUGGGUGAGGAUGGCAAGACUCUGGCUGCUGCUACAGCGGUAUGGCUUUGA